UUAGUUUUUGUUUAGGUUAAGUUUUGUUUUGAUUUCUUGUUAUUGGUUGUUACUGUUGCAAUAUUUUUUUAAAUAUUUUUAAUUAUUGAUAAAAGAAAAGAUUAUUUCUUACUAAUAUAAGUUAAUACCUACAGUGUGAUAAACAUGACAAGUAACAUAGAAAACACAAUUACAAAAUAUGAAAAUUUUAUUAACGACGUUUUAAAAGAGGAUUUACGUAUUAUACACCUCAAAUUAGGAAAAGUUAAUGCUGAAGUUACAGAUUUGAUUCAACAGAAACAUGCACUAAGGGUUAUAACUGACAAAAAUAUGCACCCCGAGGGAUUUAAAACCCAGAUGAACUUGGGCUGUAAUUUUUUCAUGGAAGCUUCCGUUGCUGAUACGUCACAACUACUUAUGAAUAUAGGAUUGAAUACAUACUUAGAGCUCAGUUUAUUAGAAGCAAAUAAGUAUCUUGACGCAAGAAUAAAAGUUUUCGAACAUAGCUCACAAGAACUAUUGAAAAAAGCAGCAGAAACAAAGGCACACAUUAAGUUAAUGUUAAUUGGGAUAAGUGAACUACAAGAACAUAAACCAAGUUAAAAGAAGAGUUUUUAAACUACUUUAUUGAUAACAUGUGAUAUAAUAAGAUUAUAUAGAGUCACAGUCUGCCCAAAAAUAUGAAAUAUGGUAUUUGAAAAAAUCCAAAACAUCCAUCCUUUGUAAUAAAAACUUAAUUUAUGCAGUUGACCACCUGAUCUCUAUUAACUUUGAGGCCCCAAUACUUCACAAUAUAAAUAUUCUCUUUCAUUAUGCAGGUAACCUUCACGUAAACUGUCCUCAUAUUGCAUUUUCAUAUCACAUAUCGCACCUCCGCUCAAAUAACGUCACAACUCCAAAAACUACAUUUUUCAGGAAAGACAUUUAAAGUUUACCCAACUUAAUUUGUUUAGUUUUUGGAUCAUAAUUAAAAAGGGAACUAUUUUAGAAGAAAACUUUCUUCACCGAGUUAUAAUGUUUUUUUAAGCUCUAUAAAUUCAUAUUAUUAGUAAUCUGAAAAUCCUGAAAAAAACAUUGAAAUAAUCUGGGUUGUGACACUAUAUGUACAAAAAAUACAAAGUUUUAUUAUAAUUUGUUUAUUAUAAUGACACAAGUAUUUUUAACUUGUAAUGAAAUACAAUAUAUUCUUUAAUAUAACGUGUAUUACACACAUAUUAGACUUUGAAA